AUGGGAUGCUAUCAAGCAAAGCAGAUAAAAAGACAUAUUGAAAGAGAGAGCAGCAACAUUAGUGAUAAAGCUUUCAGGAUAGAGGAAAAGCUAAAAAAUGAAAUCCUCCUUCUGAGAAGCUGCCUCUUCGAAGUUCUUGACAUGAAAGAAUACUAAAAGAGUUUAAUUUCUAUAUAACAAGACAUUUGUUUAAUCAAAAUGAAAAAACGUCAUGAAGAAAACAUUGAAGACAUUAUCAGAUGCUAUGAGUAAAACGUACUCUAAAGAGCUAAAUAAAUUGCAGCCAUUAUCAAACAAUAAAAGGAAAUUAACAGUGAAACUAGCCUUGUAAUUGAGUAAAAGGGUGAAAGUCCCAAUGAAAAUACUAAUUAAAAUAGAGGACAUAUUCUUAAAAAUAUAAAAUCACUCAAUACAAAUUGCAACUCCCUAAACGAAAGUAAAAUUUUCCACAACGUGCAACACUAUGACGUUUUCUAAGUAUUGCGCUACUGCGAAUCUCUAAAUUUUGAAGAAAAUUAAAAUUACUCUUUAAACGUCGAGCCAAUUUAAAUUGACUGUGGAGACGAGCAAGAAGAAGUUGUAGAAUUCAAGCUAAACUGA